ACCUGUCUGAUUAGACCGAGUGAACUCACAAGGAGGGGUCUUGGUUGGUUAGCAGUAAAGAGUUCGUCGUCUCGCAGCGACUGGAUCAGCAAAGAAGAGGUGCUGCUACAUCCGCCACACAGAACAUGGCGGACCCUGAUGGGCAGAAACAUCCGGCGCCCAUCCGCCCGCGAUUAGGUUUGUCUCCUGUUGGGCCCAGUGAUUCGGCUACGUCAUCAACCUACGCUUUGAUAGUUCGCUCUUUGAGACGGGAGCAGAGGCGCAGCCUGGUGAUGUAGACACGUGGAACGCAUCCGUGCUGGGCGCUGUGAGAGAAGCUGGUGCCCCUGCCCACUGCAAAUGGAAGGUGUAAAACGGGCCUGUUUGACAGACGUCACAGUGACUUAAAAAACAAGUCCUGUCUGAAGAAGGGAAAUGAAAGAAUGUUUGCAAAAUGUAAAUAUUGUAGAAUGUAACUGAGCAGGACUGUUCUUUCAUUUUUCUAGGCAGCAGAUGUAAAUUAGACUAAACUUGCAGUAAUGGGCAGAAGCUAUUUUGUGGAAGAAGCUGUUGGACAGUAUCUUUCAGACUUCAGCACCAAGCCAAAGGCUUGUGUCACUGGCCUGUUGAUAGGGCAGUGUUCCCCACAAAGAGAUUAUGUGAUUCUGGCUAUUCGAACACCUCCAAGAGAAGAGCAAAAUGAAAGCAACAAAAAUUAUCAUCCAAAAUUGGCUGACAUUGAUGAAGAAUGGGUAACAGCACAUGCUAGUCAGUUGUCUAGAAUGCUCCCUGGAGGACUGCUAGUUCUUGGUGUAUUUAUUGUUGCAGCUCCAGAACUGGCAAAAGACAUCCAAAAUGCUUUGCGCAAGCUAGUUUUUUCAGUAGAAAAGUCUGUAGUUAAAAAGAGGCUCUGGAGUUUUACUGAGGAGGAGGUCUCUGACAGAAUGGCUCUUCAUCUUUGUUCUGCUACAAAGAAGAUACUUUGUCGAACCUAUGAUAUGCAAGAUCCAAAGAGUUCACCUAAGCCAGCAGACUGGAAGUACCAAAGUGGCCUGUCUGCCUUCUGGCUAUCCUUGGAAUGCACAAUUAAUGUUAAUAUCCACAUUCCACUUUCUGCUACAUCAGUCAGCUAUGAACUAGAGAAAAAUACUAGGAACGGAUUAACCCGGUGGGCAAAACAGAUAGAGGAAGGUGUUUUCCUGAUCAACGGGCAAGCUAAAGAAGAUGACACAGAGCUAUUGGAAGGGCAGAAAAAGUCUUCAAGAGGAAAUAUUCAACACCGUAUUCAACCCUUUGAUGUGAAGGUUCUGACACAAUUGUCCCAGAGUUCAGGCCAUCGAUCUGCAGCAAUGGUGCAAGUCUGCCGUGGUUCCAUUAAUCUUAAAGGUGCUGUGAAAUGCAGAGCUUACAUCCAUAAUAACAAGCCAAAAGUUAAAGAUGCUAUUCAGGCUUUGAAGAGGGAUAUAAUAAACACACUCUCUGAUCGUUGUGAAAUAUUGUUUGAAGAUCUGAUUAUAAAUGAGGCACCUGCCAAAAAAAAUUCUGAGAGAGAGUUUCAUGCCUUGCCUCACAGAGUGUUUGCCUCCAUUGCUGGAUCAAAUGUGAUGCUGUGUGAUUAUAAAUUUGGAGAUGAAACGGCUGGCGAAAUCCAAGAGCGUUUUUCUGAGAUAUUGGAUCAAGUUGUGCAUGGGGAAGCUAUACACAUAGCCGAGGAAAUAAACACAGUUGAUAUAAAUCCACCUGUCGACAACACAGAUGAUACGCAACAGAUACAAUUGACAAAAGCAACGCUGCUAUCGAAACUUCAACAAAACAUGGGUGUAGCAAUAGCAGCUGCAGUUGCAAUCUUUGCAGUAACCUUCUCCUUUAAUUACUUCAGUGACUAGACUCCAAGCAAAAGAAGCAGUCUAAUCAUCAUGGGAACACUGACCAAUAUUCACAUUAAUACAAGGUGGAAGCGUCAAAGAUUUCAUAUGUUAGCAACUAAACAUGUUGCCUAAAAUACACCAGUUAGGUGUGUUCUAAUUGUAGUGAUCUAUUCAUCUUAUUUCAACAUGCAAAUACUGUAGGUGGAUCAGAUAUCCAGGAAACUAAAGGUAUAUAUCAUUGAUGGAAAUUGCCUGUAAAAUAGCAUUAUUUUCCAGGAAGAAUUGUUUAAAAAAAGAAGAAGAAAAAAAAAACCCUUUUCCCAGCUACUUGAUUACAAUUUCAUUGUUAAAAGCUUAACUGUAUUUUUCAAGAGACAUUUUCAAGGUUGCUGGAUCUUAACGUUUGCCCUUUAGUAAUUAUUUACUAUGACAGGUCUUGCCUUAAGGAAUCCUUUAACAUUGAUAUAGGCUAAAGUGCUGUUAAGUAUUUAAAAAAAAAAAAAGACAAGGAUUGAAACCCUGGCCCCACUGUAGUCAGUGGCAAAACCCUGAUUUCAGUGGCACCAGAAUUUCACUCCAUAUAUUCUUUUUGUUACAGCAUGUGCAUCCAGUGGCGUAGCUAGGCGGAGCGAACAGGGGCAGCGGACAUUAAAAAAGGUGCCACCCGCUUGUACUCAGCGGGUGGCACUUCGGGUCCUCGGCAGCACUGAGGGCCGAAAUGCUGCCAAGGACCCGGAGCGCGUGAAGGCCCCCGCCGAGCCGGAGACCCGGAGCACCACCGGGUGAUUAAAAUUAAAAAAGGCGCCUAUAAAUUAAACAGGCGCCACUUGUGCUCAGAGGGCAAACAGCCGCUCCCCCCUGCUAUGCUACUGUGUGCAUCAGGUUGGUUAACUGAUGUAAUAAAUAUGCAAAUAGUUUGUAGCAGCCCCAAAAUCCUAUUUUAGGCCAACACACACUAUAUAAAUAUCUUAGCUCAAGCAUCAUAAACAGAAAUUAAUGAAAUAAUUAAACCUCUAAGAUGUAUGGCGAAUUUAUAUAUGCUUCCUUUUUCAUCAUGAUCUGACUUAUCCAUCCAAUCCUGAUUGACUCAAUUCCCCUCUUUCCGUUAAGAAAGAUAUAUCUGAUAAUUCCCCAGAUAUUCAAAUCCCAAAUAUGCAGACAGGCAUGAAUAAUUUUAUAAGUUUUUAGAGGCUGAUAAAUAAUUAAGGUUUUUAAGAUACGAAUAAGAGAGGUAAGUCUAUGCUAUCUUUAAAGUAUAUUAUUGCUUUCCCCCAAGGAAAAAUGUUUGACACAAGGUUAACAAAUAUCACUUUUAUACAAAAGUUGUUGGCAUUCAUGUAGUUCGAGUUACUAUAUAAACUGAUAUGUACCAGAUUGAACGGUAUUUAACCUUUGUAACUACAGCUUAAUGAGUUUAUAUGCAAAGGUACUGAAAUUGCAGGAAGAAAUCGGAAAGCUUUGAGCCUACAGCAUAAUCAAGCAUAAAAUAUUAGAAAACUUUGAAUAAAAGGUAACUUGCAAAUGAAAUAAUGUUAAAAUUCCUCGCCUGUUCAUUUGAUUUUUAUAUUCUGGAAACAAUAAACCCAGUAAAAGAAAAAUUUGAUGUUCAGAUUUGUACAAUUACUGCUGUGUUGCUAAAGAUCAAGAAAAGCUUAGACUGACUCUUAGACUAAACGGCAGCUAUAAAAAGCAUUGUCUUCAUUAAGCAUUAGUAACACACCAAAUUUGAACAUUAUAGGAAUUCUUUUUAAUUGUUGGCCAAAGGCUAAAUUUCAGACUUGGAGCAUUGUUGAGGCCUGUAUUAGGCAUUGGUGGCCUCUCUGAUGUACUCUCUUUUUCUUCUUACUGCAUUGUUUGAAUGGAGCAACUUGAAGGGCGAAGAAGAAAACAAGGCCCCUUAUAGCAAAGUGCAGGGAUGCCCUCCUGCAGCAAAUUUAUUUAGCAAAUAUGUGCUAUUUGACAUAAAUCUGAUGGAUUCAUCAGAUGCAAAAUAGAAUUAUGACAAAGUAUCUUCAUAAUGAGCCAGGGACAAAUCAAUAAUGGCAGGAAUGGUUCAGCAAUCUCAAGACUUUUUGAAAUUUAAAAAAAAAAAACAAAAAACUGCUCCUCACAAGUCUGUUCCCUGUCUCCUGAGAGAAUGGUAGGAAGAAGUCAGCCUGUCCUCCUAGUUAUGAGUAGGUACUUUAUUCCUUCCCCACUUCUGGCUGCUAAAAGAAGGUGGACCUUAACUUAGGUACCAAAGUCCAUCUCUUUUUCUCCCCUGGGUCUCUCAGUUGAGAACAUAGUGGAGGCACUCAAGAAAGGAAAAGAGUGACUGCCAGGGCAUUCUCUAGUAGGGGUCCUUGACUUUGGCAUUUGAUUUCUCACCUACCAAAAAUAAAUCUCGUGAUCGGCCAGAGCCCAGGUUUGUUACUAAGGAGCUGGAUGUGUGUAUUUUUGGGAUAAGUCAUAUUGCAAAGGUUAAUUCUUUUAAAAUAGUAAUCUGUGAAAUAUGUUAAUUGUUGACCGGCUGGUAUUGUGAUGACUUAUUUAAAAUGCUAUAUUUUGACCAAAAAAGAGAGAGGUGAUCUUUUCUGAAUACUUAUUAAAACUAGGCAAUGUGAAAAUAUUUUAUUACUGUUCUUAUUGUGUAUAUGUAUAAACAAGUCUGCUCCAUACCUGUCAUAACUGCUCAUUUACAUGCUUUGUACGUUGUUCUCAUCCACGUUUGUUAGUAUUUUGCCUACCUAGAUGGUGAACUCUGAGACUGGUAAACUGUUAUUGCAUGUGAAAUGCCAAACAAAGCUUUAGUGAGUAAUUAAUAAAUGUUCCUCACAAACAUCUGUCUGAGGUAUACAAGUAAGUCUACCCCCUUUUUUACAUGUGGGGAAAUUGAGCCUGACACACCACAAGGAGUCAAUAUUGGAGGUGGGAUUAGAAUUAGUGAGUUCAUGGCUCCUGUUUUUCUACUCAGAUCAACCCUCUCUCCUUAACUCUAAUGUCACCAUGCUUUCUAUUAGGGCAUGUCUACACUAGGAGCACUUUACCAGUAUAAGAAAACUGGUAUAGUGUACAGGCAAAGUGUUUCUUUGAGUCCCGCCACUUCCUUUUUGCCCCCCCACCCCCACCCUGAGCAAAACAGAUUAUACCAGUAAAAGUGUGGUUUUGCUGAUAUAACUGCAUAUACCCUAGGGGCUUCAACAUAGCAGUGCCCAGCCAGUCUGGGAUCACAUCUCUUCAUGUCCCUUACUGACCUAGCGAAGUCUAGUCAGAGCAUUUAAAUAAUUCUUUAUAGACUUUGAAGUUCACAUCUCCCCUGCACCUAAAAAAACUAAAUUGCAACUCUGUCACUUUCCCCCAUCAAUUUGUUACCUUUAUCCCACACAAAUUUGUGUGUAAAUCCUCUUUUAUUUUUUCAGAAUUGUGAAGGAUUAAAGAAUAUGGUGAAGAAUUCAAAUAAUUCAGUCGUAUGAAGAGUUUCCUGUACCAGUAAUGUUCUCCUUGGUACCAUAGGUUGAGGGAUAUGAUCAGUAUUGUGAUUUAGGAUUUUACUGAAGUUGUUUAGUGAAAAUGCAUUUAUUGAAGGUUAGUUCUGAAAAUAAUGAAGCAAUAGAUGAUGUACUCUAGGGAAUAAUCAUGCAGUGGCAGGGAUAGGUGGCUAUUUCUGUAUCAAGGUUUUGUUCUUUGGGAUUUCUUGUACUCCAGAUCUGCCUCAAAUUAACAUGGCCAGUGCAGCCUUUUGAAAGUAAUAUUUCAAAUGAAUAAUAAAAGGAGUGCUCCAUUUUUGGGAAAAAAAAUCCGUAUCUGAAAUUGGUGAAGUAUGAGGUCAAAGGAUUGUUUCUGAAAAAAAUGAAGCACCCCCUCUCUCUUUAUAAAAGUGAAUUUGUUAUUAAGUUCAAAAUUUCUAAUGUGCCUUCAUAUGUGCACCCAGACAUACUAAUGUUUAUCUUCAGUGGGGAAAGUCUAAGACAUAAUUAUUCUCUGCUCAUUUAUUUUCAGAAUCCAGCCAUUAAAAAUGAGGUGGGGAAGUAGAAAGCCUCAGAAUAUGGCAUUUGAGGAUAUCACAGUCUCAUUCAGCAGAAGAGUAUUUUAUUGAGCCAAGAACUCGCUUUAUUAUGCAACAUUCCAAUAGUGGCUCUGCAAUCUGGCUGCCAGCCGCCACUUGUAGCAUAAUUCAGAGUUUAGCCAUAUUUGCUGUUCCAUGGAUGCUUGGAAGUGGACCAUAUUUUAUCCACAUGUUUAUUUCUUAUUUAAUACAUCACCUAGAUUUGUUUUAUUUUAUGCGGAGAGUGCUGACAAUGUGCUUGGUGUUGUCAGAUGAAUUAUUUUAAUAAAAGUAUGCAUAAUGGA